CACUUCUGCGAGAUAUUCCAGUUUUGGCCUGAUGACACCGACGCAUCAUGGGCAAGAGAGGCAAACGUUGGUGAUACAUGCGGCAUGCUAUCUGCAGGUUCGUUUGCGAGAUUUGAACCAUACACCCGAGUCCACAGCAACAUCUGACGCAUCUGUUCCAUUGGAUCUGGUUGACCAUAUUUACAAACACAAGAUAUUGGCCCUGUAUCUAUCCCGUCUGCAUUCAUUUAUACUUUUGUGUUGUGGUUAGUAUCUCUGUAUCUCCAACGCAGCUUCACGCCGGGAGCAGCCUCGAGAUGUCGCCGCCACGCUUUGAGUGGCACCCUGUAGCCCUUCUUCGGGAGAGAAGGCCAGAAUAUCCUGGUCCUGCCGACUUCACACUCAUCGUGCUCAACCAGCCCGUAAAGCAUACCCCCGUCUUUGACUCGCUAUGGAACAAUGCUCUCACACGAGUCGCUGCGGAUGGCGGUGCUAACAGACUGCACGAUCUGAGCAAGGCAGCGGAAGCCCGCUCUCAUUCACCGUUUACUAACCUCGACGUCAUCAUCGGCGACUUGGAUUCCUUGCUCCCGUCCGUCAGGGACUACUUCACGAGCCUGGAGAAGCCUGCCCAGGUCAUCCAUGACCCCGACCAGUACUCCACAGACUUUGGCAAGGCCGUCUCGUGGAUCCGCUCAAACCAUGAGCCGACGAUCGACAUCGUGGCUCUCGGGGGGCUAGGUGGCCGCGUCGACCAGGGGCUCAGCCAAGUGCACCACCUCUACCUCUUCCAGCCGGGGACAGACUACGCCCAAGGCAAGCUGUAUCUCGUCUCAGGCCAGAGCCUGACAUUCCUCCUCAAGCCCGGCCACCACAGCAUCUGGGUGCGCGAGGGCGGCGACGACGUCUUUGGCAAACAUGUCGGGAUCAUCCCCAUUGGCGGGACCAGCUAUAUCACCACCAAGGGCCUCGAGUGGGACGUCGAGGACUGGGAAACCAAGUUUGGGGGCCACAUCAGCACCAGCAACCACGUGCUGCCCGAGACAACGGUGGUCGAGAUCGCGACGACGAACACGGUGCUUUUCACCAUUGCCCUUGCGGGCAUUGAAUAGACCAAACUCGACUGUCGCUUGUUGUACAUGGCAACCAACCACCACUGAUGCUCGAGAAGAAAUGCAUGGUUUGCAUGCAGGACUGCAGGCGCCGACUCCCUCCCCCAGAAAAGAAAAAAAAAACAGAAAAAAAGAACGCCAUGCCCUUGAAAUGUUUUCCCAACUUUUCGUUAUCAUCAAGCAGCCUAACAAGCUACAAAAGGCCCCUAGCCGACAUAAGGCAACCGCUGUGCUGGUUUACCGCAAGAAGUGUAUGCAGGCCCAGCAGAAGAGGAAGAAGAUGAUGACACCGGCCCAGAAUAUCCACUUGUCCUCCUUGGCGCGGCGCUCGAUCAUACGGAUGGUGUCGCCCGAGAUGCCCAGCGUGUUGCCGACCGAGUAUAGCCUCUUCUGGGUGUUCUUGAGCAUCUCGCGCUGCGUGCCCAGGUCGCCCAGCACGGCUUGCCCCCUAGCGAUGUACUCGUCCAGCGCCGAGUUCGUGUGGUCGAAGAAAUUCUGCUCGCGCAAGGCGUGCUGCUCCCUCGUGACGUCGUUGCCGCCCAUGCCUAGCCCAUUCGCUGCCUGGCCCGUCGAGGCCCCUCGGCUGUGGAAUGCGGAUGAAGACUUGUUGAUGUUGGCAUAGGGGUUCUCAGGCGUCGCCGUGACGUAGGCGCGGCGGCCCAGCAGCUCGCCGCGGUUGUUGUGAUGGACGGCAUCUUCGCGGGCCUUCUUAAGGGAGUCGACCUGGGACUUGAAGUCGGACAAGUCGUCGCGGAACCUCUUGACACGCUCGAGGGCUUCUUCCUGCUUCUUCUGUACGAGCUCCUGGCGGGCCAGGUUGUUGUAUUCGUCGACCGUCUUAGAGAAGGAUGCGAGGGAGGCAGACACGUUGCCGAUUUCGGCGGGGGUCAGAGCGGCCGGUUGCGCCGCGGACGACGACAGCUUCUCGAGAUCGUUGCGAAUGGCCUUGCUCUGGCGCAGGGCCGAGUUGUACUGGACGUUCUGCAGCUUGUUAGCAGCGCGCGACUUGGUGAAGCGCUUGAUCGCUCAGGCAGAGUGACUAACCAUGCUUGGUAGUAUGGUGAUAGGAUGGGGAGUAACUUGUGCAGCAGAUGGGAUCGGGAGUCCAGAAGAGAGAGGGAGCAGUUCAAUUCGGUAAGAACAGAACACAAAUUGGAGGCAUUGAACACGAACAAUGCACCUCGGGUGAAAGCAGGGUCCCAAGGGCUGUCUGUGGAGCUCAGGGCGUGUGGGAGAGAGCUCCCUGCUCAAUCUACAUGUGGCUUCUCCAAGAAAACACGUUACCGCCUUCCUGAUUCGUGGCAGGGAGCAGUACUGUGUUAGUGUGGUGGGCUUGUGGGAGUUACAGUCAACAGGGUGCA